AUGCCGUACAUAUCGAUGGACGAAGGACCUUUUGUUCGCCUUGGGUCGAGCGUGCACAGGCCCUCGAUGCGUUGUCUACGUCAACUGUCCCAUGGCCCGAUCAUCACCAUCUCUCUCAUCAAUGCUUCUCCAUCGAACCCAGCGAAGGGUACAUACUACUUCUCUGUGGUAAAUGGAACGACAGAGUGGAUGAACAGCAUCACUCCGCCCAGCCAGUUUAGCACUCUCAUCACGAAGACACCCGAGAUUACACCGAUCAUCUCAUCAGUGUCUGUUGCACCAUCAUCCGGAACAUCGCUCACUUUCUCAACUGUACCUAGCACAACUUCGCAAUAUGCUACACCUCCGAGUAUCGCAACAUCGUCGCUCUCUACGCUGCCUUCCAGCACACUUUCCUCGCCAUCCUCUGGCACGAUUUCCAGCGUCACAAUAACCGCAACGAGUAUCGUUACUGGAGGACAGACCACAAUUAUAACCAGAGUAACCGAAACAACAAUUGAAGGUGCGCCGCCUCGACCGACCAGCAUCACGUCCUUACCGAUCACUUCUACUGUUAUCACAACGCUCAUAAGCACAACACCAAAUGGCUCCACCACAACAUCCGUUGUCACUUCACCACCACAAAUAUUGUCGUUUCGCCUCCUGCAAGCCCUUCCACACUUUGACGAGUACGAUUUCGAAUACUCCGACCAUGAUCACAAGCAUAAUUUCGAGUGUACAAACCACUACGAUGACUUUGCCUUCUACGAUGAUGAUCAGUGCUCCAUCGUCGCCAAUAUUACCUUCGACUAG